UGGAUUGCACAAUACAAACUAUACUAGAUACAUGGGAACAUUCUCAGUUGGUGACGUAUUUAGAACUGAUGAUGCUCCACGCAUGGCCCAAAGGUUAUUAGUUGUACGGAGGGAGACUGGGAGAGCCAUGGCACGAUCAUCAGUGUGUAGCUGCCUUCCUUCCUGGCCAGUCGCCAAUCCUCACUCCUUCACAUUCAUUCUAUUUAAAAUUUAAAUUUCUCUCCUGUAACCUGCCAGCAUUGCGGGGCUGCCCUGCCUCACAACAACUUUCGACGCAUUCCAUUCAGCAGGUCAGUAAGUGGACACCUCGGGUGGGAACAUGGGAGGAGAAGGAGGACGAUGGACUCUAGCCGGACUAUUUUUCCUUGUACUUCCGCUUCUUCUUGAAGGGAUACAGCUAACAGAUUAUGAGCUUGUGGUGGGUAACGGGGCCAGACUGUUGUUCUUUAACUACAACCACUCUCUUAACGUGGACGUAACUGAGUGGACGCCAAAGACCAAAAUCAUCUCCAUCGUUCCUCACGUCCCCUCCAACACCCUUUAUUUCACCGUCAAGACCAAGGACACUGCAUCCAUUUUUGCCUUCAACCCCCACAAAAAUGCGACUCAAUUACUUCACAGAGGAGUUAAAGGAUCCGUAGGGACCUUGGCUAUAGGGCUGAAAGAGAAUCAGGAUACUCUAUUUUGGGCGAAUCCGUUGGAACGGUCGGUUUGGAGUCAACCCCUCUCGCUAGCAUCCAAUGCCACCCUCCUAUUCCAGGAUCCUAACGCUACUUUCGACAGCAUUGCAUUCCAUCCAGCAACUGGGCAAAUUUUGUACACGGUGUGGAGACGUAGUAAUGAGAGUGAGAUUCUGGCCUACAACCUCGCAACUCAUACCACGACGAGCCUUCUUGGGGAUGUCUUCCAACCUCGAGGUCUGCAUGUGGACGUGGCUGGAGAUUCACUGUAUUGGAUUGACAAUCCUCCAGGCAUCUAUUUCAAUGUGGGGAGGGUGGACUUGAGGGGAUUGAAUGGUCAGACCGCCGACCGAACAGUCCUCCUGAAAGAUCAGAAUCAGCACCCCUUUGCCCUCACCCUCGCCUGCUCAAACCUACUCUGGACGGAUCUCAUGAACAAGGCUUUGUGGGAAUGGAGCCCGGAACUGAAAACUUAUAAGCAGCUCAUGUCCUUCAAUAAUACGGCCCCGCAUGGCCUUGCUCGCCUAGCCAACCCUACGUGCCCUCCACCUAAUGAGAUGACGACGACGCAAUAUCCUCAUUCGAUGCUUCCUUCCCCCGAGGAAUCUAGUGUAGAAGAUAUCGCACCACCACCAUCUACAACAAUUGGAGAAAACGGUGUCAACCACCAUCAAGUCAGUAACAUAUCCUCGUGUGAGGUUGAGGAAGAACGAGUAUGUCUCAAUGGAGCAGCAUGCUUUAAAAUACACGACCAACUUCACUGCCUAUGUAAACCAGGGUUUUUGGGACCAAAUUGUGGGGAUGAAGAAGAGAAGAGGGGGACAGACUGUAUUAAGGCAACCGAGUGGGCAUCCUCCAACAACAACCCUUCAAUGACACCAGUAAUUACGGUUGCCCUUGUUGGUUUGACUUGCCUGGUUGUCGUACUUUUACUCGUGGUGGCAGGAUUGCUUUGCAAAGUGCGGCGUUGGCGGAAGAAGCCCACCAUCCGGAGACGAGUCGUAGUGUCACAUCGAUCCGAUCUAGAAGCCAACCCUUCAACCGUCUGUGAAAUGAUUGACAUUGAAAACUGUUGUAACAUGAACGUCUGCGAAACGCCAUGCUACGAACGGAUGGGGAGUUUCAGCGUUGGUUCUUCUGUCGAGUCAGGAGGGGGACGGACCAGAAAGACGUCGGUGAAAGAAGACAAAAAGUGCCUCCUCUCAUCGUCUUCUUGAAGGAAUAUCAGUAGCUAUUUAAACAUUGCUACAGUACUUGGUGCGUCUCUGCCCUGCUGAGAAACCAGCUGCACCUUGUACUAUUUUUGUUGUAUGGACGUUUAUCAUUAGUAUUAACAAGUCGGUUGUGCUUUAGAAUGAAGUAAUUGUUUAAGUUUCGUUAGCAAAAAAGAGACUAUAGUUUCAAGAUAAAAGUGUUGAUCACACACUUUAAAAGACUUAAGUUAUCGUUUAGUGCACAAAUAAUAGUCAGCAUUCGUCGGUCCUCUUUUCCUUCCCAAUAGGUCGGACCAAGUUAGUAGAGUGGAGAGUUAUAAAUCUCAGGAGAAAUCUCAGUUGCUCAACAAGAAUAAGAAGCCCUGACCCUGCCAAAAAAGAGGAGAUAUCAUCCAGAGCUCUCUUUUUAGAUAGUUUUUCUUUUUUGGAGACGGGAAUCAUAAAAGUCUGAACUUUCGUACCUCCGAGGAUAACCCUUAAUCGAUCAUUGCAUGAUUGGAUUUGGGGUUAUCCACAGUAAAAUCUUUACAUUUUUACCCAUCACCAACUGAGAUUCAUUCAGCAUUCUAGAGAUGCUUGUUCAUUUUAAGGCAGCCAACAUAUUUGUGAUUGUUGAAUUUAUGACACGAGAAGUGAUCUUCAUUCGACUUGAAUUACAACGUGUAGUGAUAUGUGUGUACUUUUAGAGGCGAGCACAAAGUUACCUAUGUAUUUAGAAUUAAAAUAAAAUGGAGGCUGGGUGGACCACCUUCAGCGACCAGGCCCCUCAAACCCAUACUAAAUAUUUAGUAUGAUGCCAACUACGACGCUACAUAAAUAUAUUCUAUUAUUCCUACCCGUGUUCAAUUAAUAAAUACGUAUUAAUAACUUGGCUUGGAUACGAGGGAUUUAUUUGGAGGUGGUUCUAGUAAAUUUUUAGUCAAAUGUUGUUCAGAGUUUAUCCAAGACAAACAUUAAAUAAAGACAGACCUAUUUUAUUUACUGUAUAUAUACUUAA